UUUAUUUCCCACCCACUUUGAUUUUCUCAAAUGACCGCGGUCCCUAACCUGUGCGAUUCGCAGCCGAAGGAGACCGGCGAAUUGCGACGGGUCGGCGUGGAGACGGCUGCCCUCAAUGAUUUUGGUUGUCUUAUCGAAAGGUUUCCCUCCACUUCUAUAUAUUUUUAAAAUAUAUAUACCGUGUCGUCCGCCGGGCCAAGCCAAGCCAGGCAGGGCUGGGCUGUUUGUGAAGAUUCAAUUAUUUUUUGUAUUCCUGAAAAGUGCUGUUGUUGUUGUUGUUCGAGGCUAUACGGAAGAGAUGCCCUUUUAUUCGCGAUUAUGCCAGAGGAUUAUUCUUCCAGUCGAGGAUCUUGACAAACGCCACGGCUCACUCUUUCGGAGCGACCAAUAGACGUAGGAGGAGGAGGAGGAGAAAAAGACGAGUUGGGGUCUUUGUUGCGUCGCACUCCUAAUCUCAAAAGUGUCUUCCUUCACAACAGGAAUGGCGUGCGCGGUGGCCACUCCAAUACUGGAGACGAGCAGGGACUUUCCGGCGUGGCUGGAGGAGCAGGGCGUGAACGCGGAGGUGGCCCGGGCCAUGGACUCGGAGCUGGGCAUCCGGGACUACGGGGUCCUGCGCGCCUGCGUCGGGGACGGCCUCGUGCGGGCCGAGCUGCUGUCCACGGCACGCGACCGUCUGCCCUUCGGCUUCUACGCCGUACUGCGGCAGGUGGUGAAGGCCCUGCAGGGUGCCGAGCCCCAUGACGCUGGGACGCCACGCUGGGACGAUGCUGCCGCCGCCUCCACUUCCUCUCCUGGCGACGUGACGCUGGGAAGUCUGAUGGACGUGCUGCUCGCGCUGUUUAGCAGCUUGAGCCGGGAACUGCUGCUGUCCGUGCAGAGGAUGCGUGACAUGGACAAUGAUAAAUAUGUCAUGGCUUCUGCUUUAUCAACGGGUGCUGUCCAUUCUGAUGUUAUGGAAGAUGAAACACAUCCAAGGGAAGAAAAUGAAAGCAACUGGACCACAGUACCAAAUGACUCCAGAUCAAACUUGACGGGGAACCUGAUUAAAAGCGAACCCCCUGAAGGUGAUCAUCUCUUGGACUUCCACCCAAAUCUCAUCAUCCAAAAUGUGACCUCACUUCUUGAUUCAGGAGUAGAUCUUGCUUGUGCAGCUGAUGGUGAACCGCACACCUUAGUACGAGAGCGGUGGGAAGAAACACAGCAAGAAGAAUCAGCUGCCACCUCUAUCACUAAGAACACAUCGCAGCAACUAAAGAACCAAAACAUAAGGAACAUCAUGAUGAACCAGAAGCAGCCACCCCUUGUGAAUGAGAUUGAGUCACACGAGUUUCAAAUUGAUGCAGCCGAUCCUGUAGGAAACCCUCAGACAGAAAGCUCUGGUGUAAAACCGCAUCGGUGCGAGGUGUGCAAGAGUAGCCUUUCAUCACCUGGCGAACUGGAGGCCCACCUAUGCAGGCACACAGCCAAGCGGUUGCACCGUUGCGAGGUGUGCGGGCGCGUCUUCUUGCAGGCCAAUGGUCUAACAAUCCACCUGCGCACGCACACGGGCAAGGGGCCAUUCACCUGCGGGGUGUGUGGUGAUGGUUUUCGGCAGUCCAGCGACUUGAAGAUCCACUUGUGCAAACACACGGGCGAGAGGCCAUACCAGUGCGAGGUGUGUGGGCGCGCCUUUUACCGGGCCUUUGAGCUAAAGGUCCACAUGCGCACGCACACGGGCGAGAAGCCGUACGUCUGCCAGGUGUGCGGGCGUAGAUUUUUACGAUCCAACGAGCUGAAGGUGCACACACGCAUUCAUACCGGAGAGAAGCCGCAUGUCUGCAUAGUGUGCGGCCACAAAUUCACGAUCUCCAGUGACAUGAAGAAGCACCUGCGGACACACACGGGUGAUAAACCGUACCCUUGCUCAGUGUGUGGCCAGUGCUUUGUUCAGCGCUCACAUGUAAAGAAGCAUGAGCGAACAAAGCAUGGCUUGGGGAAAUCCUGAAAAGAUGAUUGAGAGAUGUUUCGCAUACGUGGAAUAUUGAAUGUCUCAAACGUAUAUGAUAUUUCUACACCCCCACCGCAUUACCUUUGGCACUCUGGACUAAUAUAAUGUUGAUGCACUCAGAAUCUCUCCAUUAGAUACUGACUGCCAGAAAGUAUUGUGGUUAAGGAAGGAGAGAUGAGCUCUGGGAGUAGAAUGGGAACAACGGUGAGGCCACGUAACCCUUUCCCGUUCCGAGAUGACUGCAAGUGGCAGGGUGGGUCCCGUUCUCCGCUGAAUCAUGGAACAUGCAAGCUUUCUAGCGUAAAUUUUACGUAAAGGCAUAGCUUUAUCUACGUGACUUUAGCGAAAGAACCAGAGUAAUUCCUGCAAUCACGAAAGCUUCAAAUCAAGUUUGAACCACCUCUACGGGGAGGAUUUCCACAUAACUCAUACUUAACUUCAAAUUUAGCAAUCCUUGGAAGAACGUAAUCAACCAGGUAAAGUGUGAACUGUUGUGUUAACCGAUUCUCUGUGUUGCAUUUCAUUGCAUUUCUAAGUUUAGUAGCUUUGUUUUCUUAAAUUUCCAAUUUCUCUCCCCCUGCCGCUCUCAUUGACAUGCUAAUGUAUCUGCCCCCCCCCCCCUAUAUAUAAUACCUCGUCACAGAGGCGUUCUUUCUCUGUGUGUGUCUCUGCGUGUGUGUCUCUAUGUGUCUCUCCUCUAUGUGUGUCUCCGUGUCUGUGUUUGUCUCUCUCUGUGUGUUUGUCUCUCUCUGUGUGUCUCUCUCUGUGUAUGGGUGUCUCUCUCCGAGCUUGCAUUCACACCUGAUGACAGUUGCUUGUGUUGCAAUCGAAACGUCGCAUUCUAUUAUUUAUUUUAUUUUAUUUCUCCUGUUUUAUUUCCAGAAAGGGUUAACCUAUUCUGAUUUCAUAAUUUUAAUACUGCCACAUUGUUCCCCAAGAGGCUAAACAUUUUCUCCCUGAUCGUAAAUGGUCUCAACCGCCCCAUCAAGAGGCAAUGGGGGACAACUCUUGUACUUACAUUUACACUCAGCAGAUGUUGCAUUCCUUCAGGAGACGCCUCAUGCCAGGCGAAGCUGGGACAUUAAAACGCCAUUGGGUUGGUGAAGUGUUUUCAUUCCACACACUCCUUCAGCAGGAGAGGAGUUCCCAUCUUGCGGCAUAAAAACCUUUAUUUCGUGCUCCCAAACAAAUAAAAUCCCCAGGGGAGAUUUGUCUUGAACAAUGGACCGAUAAGAAGGGAAGGGAAAUACGUGUCUUUGCUGAAUAUCUGCAACCCACCUCCAAUCAGCUCCCAUAUAUUAAAAAAUCACCACCUUCGGGGGGGGGGGAGGGGGAGAAAUAGCAUGGCCCAACCGGUAAGAAGCAAGCAUAGAGAAAGUUUGUAGGCCCCUCGACCAAGGAGGAAGAGGUGCUGUCGUUCAAUCCGGUACCAACCAAAUUUGAAAUCCCACCUCCAUUUCUUUACAUAUUUACAGAUCAGAGACGCCAUAACAAAAUCCCCCGACAAAAACCUAGAUGGACCCCCCCACCCACCCUAUCAUAGACUGGCUGUAAAAGCCAAGGCCUAACUAUAGACUCGCGGGAGCUUACCAUUUUCUGGGCAUGGAAGGCGCCAGGAUCAGAUCAGCAGCCAACCAGAAAACUAUGGAAUAGAAGCCGCCUUCCCUGAGAGAUCAUACUGCAGAAAUGGUCCCAAAUCUGGCAAGCCCCUAGAUCCGGCCCAAGGUUAACACCACUCAGACUGGUAGUUUAAAUUUAUGUCUGACACCUACAUGACAAGUGGAACAAGGGCAAAAUUCAUGGCGGCGACUCCUGACUGUCCAUGAUUCACCUGAAGCACAACAUAAACCUACUGGAAUGCGUUCUGGUCAUGCCCGGACAUCGCAAAACUAUACAAGAAAAUCUCAGGCCUUUUAAGGCUAUAUGUGGCACCAACCUUCUCUCGAAUUGAAACCACCCCGUGAGGCCUAAAACCAGGUACCCUUUCAAAACACCAGCACGGCCUACUCCAAUAUUUUAACAUAGGCAGUGAAACCAUCUUGGCUUACUGGAAAGACCAUGAACCCCCUUCGUGGGGACAAUGGUACAACACCCUGCCAGCCCACGCCGGGAUCGAACACCUGUUCCACAAAGUUAAAAGGGGAACGAAAAGGAGUUUGAGGCCAAGUGGUCCCCCCUCUGCCGGAGAUAAAAAUGAGAGGCGGAGGCGGAGAGGGUUGGGGCUGGGAGACAGGAGCGGGUAAGGGAGGGGUAGAACCCCCAGCCCCUCCGCCACUUUUUUGACAGCUAAGAUAAGAUUGACAGAAUAGAGAGGUGGACACCCCAACAUGUAAAGCUGCGUGUAUGUUGUAUGAUUUGUCACGUACAUUCUCCCCACCCCUCUCCCCCCCCCCCCCCCCUGACGGAAGACUCCCUCACCUGUACAUGGUCAAGUACCGAAAGUCCCCUCCCCUUCCUCCCCACAGAGGUUUUUCUGUUCCCCUCACCAGAAACCAUCGAAACGUUGUACCGGGCUCGUGUGAUUACCACAAUAAAAAUAUUUUAAAACCCUCA